AUGUCGACAAAGUCUCCCCCAGCCGGAUCUGACUCAGAAAAACAAACCUUGCCCAAUCUCCCCGCCAAUGUCUGCAUCUUCUCACCUAAGAAGCCCUCAGCGGUCGAGGCUCUACUAAGCGCCCGCGUCUUCACCCGCCUCGUCGCAAGCGCCAGCACCACCCCGGAAAAGCUGGCAGCCAUUAAGAAAUACCCCGGGGUGCAGGAGGAUUUUUGUCUCAUCCACCGUAACGCUGUGCUUAUCUUCGAUGGCGCCCUAAGUGAGCAGGAUGCAUUAGUGGAGGAUCUGCAUCAUGAGCACUUCCGGGUUAUAUGUCUUGCUCUCAAGGAGUAUGAUAUCGGUCUGGAUGUCGCGGGGUGCAUACACGAUGCGACGGAUGUUCUUGGCGCGGGGUUCCAGCUUGAUAAGCUGAACGAUCGGUCUGCGUUGGUGAUUGAUCUUGUGGUGGAAGAGGAUAGCGAUGACGAGGAUUCUACCACUUAA